GCGUCUAAAAGCAGCUGAGUGAAGUUUGAAGUGGGAGAGGAGAGGGGAGGGGAGGGGAGGGGAGAGGAGGGGCGAGGCAGAUAUUAUUCGAUCAACAGAGAGGAUGUUGAGGAAGGAGUGGAAGGUUGCGAGUGAUGGGAGCGGAGAUUUUGGCAGCGUUCAGGAGGCCAUUGACGCGGUAGUUCCCCUUUGCAACAAGCAGAGGAUUGUGAUCAAUGUGAUGCCCGGUGUGUACAAGCAGCCCCUUUACGUGGCCAAGACCAAAAACCUCAUCACUCUGCGGGGCUUCUCCCCUGAGCACACCAUCCUCACCUGGGACAACACCGCCACCAACAUCCGCCAUCACCAGGCUUCUCGUGUCAUUGGAACCGGAACCUUUGCAUGUGGUUCCGUCAUAAUUGAAGGGGAGGAUUUUAUAGCUGAGAACAUUACAUUUGAGAAUUCUGCUUGUGAGGGUUCAGGCCAAGCUGUGGCCCUAAGAGUAACGGCUGAUCGAUGUGCUUUCUACUGUUGCAGGUUCCUAGGGUGGCAGGAUACUUUAUAUUUGCAUUAUGGGAAACACUAUCUAAGAGACUGCUAUGUUGAAGGCAGUGUGGACUUCAUCUUUGGAAAUAGUACAGCUCUUCUAGAACAUUGUCAUGUACAUUGCAAAUCACCUGGAUUCAUUACUGCCCACAGUAGGAAGUCUCCUCAGGAAUCAACAGGUUAUGUUUUCCUGAGGUGUGUCAUCACUGGAAAUGGAGGGGCAUCAUAUACUCAUCUUGGACGGCCUUGGGGCCCCUUUGGACGGGUGGUUUUUGCAUAUACAUGGAUGGAUGCGUGUAUUAAACCUGUUGGCUGGAAUAAUUGGAACAAAGCUGAAAAUGAAAGAACUGCUUGUUUCUAUGAGUACAGGUGCUCAGGUCCCGGAAGUAACCCGACGAAAAGAGUUUCAUGGUCUCGAGAACUCAUGGAUGAAGAAGUAACCCAGUUUGUUAUGCAUCAGUUUAUAGACCCAGACCCAGAAAGGUCAUGGUUGUCUCAGAAAAUGUCCAUGAAAUUACCUAUCUCAGCUUAGUUAGUAAAAAGGCCCAAGAGAGACCCCAUUUCUGCAAGGCCUUCAAUCUUAUGUUUGGAAAUUUCAACAUAUACAUCCUCUGACUUGGCUCCUUUAUUUCCCGUGUUGUGUUGAGGCCUUAUUCUGUUUGGAGAUAUAAACAUACACAUCCUCAGACUUGGCUUGUUCUAUUUCCCUUUUUGUGGAUGGCAUUGUCAUUGCAUCUUCUUUCCGUAGAGGGAGGUAUUUGAUUGACCACUGAACAGUGAUGUAAUUCCUUGUUCCAUAUGUUGUAAUUAUGUAUUCCUUUGUUUCUCGAAGAGUUUAUUCUCUUUGUUUAUGAGAAACGUUAGUAUCACGUCUGUGUAGCGAUGAGUUUGUUUUCUUUGUUUAUGAGAAACGUUAGUAUACCGUUUGGGAAGCUCA